AUGCCUGGCCCUAGGCAACGCCACCAAAACAGUGAGUCGGGUAGAGCCAACCAACGUGCCCACGAAGAGCGUAUCGCUCGUCGCGCAGCAGAACGUGAGGCAACACAACAAGUUCGCGGUCGCGGUCGCGGUCAGCAGCAAGAAGAUCGCGGUCAGCGGCAGCAAGACAUACCCUCAGGUCGAGGUCAAGAUCAUCAGCAGCAAGGCUAUCUACAAGAUCAGGGUCGCGGCCGGCAGCAGCGCGAUCAAGGCCAUCAGCAGCAGGGCUUUCAGCCAAGUCAAGGUCAAGGCCAGUAUCCAGACUCAGGCUGUUCACAAGCAGCACCUGAUGUCACUCUUUCGCCUCGAAGUUCCCCACCAUUUCCCUCGCCAGUAAAUAUCGGGCCUAGUGCUCCUGAUCGAUAUCUAUACCCCGGUACGCCUUUCCAGGUCCUAAAUCCCAGCUACACGCAACGGCCGUUACCAGAGCCAGCCUCCGCUCCCCGUCAGCUACCCAAGACACCCCCACCGCCUGUAGUAGCAUUUUCGCCGGGGACUGAAGCUCAUAUGCAAUACAUUGGAGAACAGCAAAAGGGUAGAGGUUUUGAGACAAAUGGAACUUUUAUCGAACCUAUUACAAGUCGUGUGUGCUGGCCCCAAAACGUGUUCCUUAUGCUGCGUGAAGCCAUGUCUUGA